AGAUGAAUGCAUGUCAUAUCCAUGCCAAAAUGGUGCUAGCUGUACAGACAACACUAAUGGUUACAAGUGCACUUGCGUGACUGGUUACAACGGUGUUAAUUGCAAAAAUGAUAUAGACGAAUGCACGACGUCUCCAUGUAAGAAUAACGCUACCUGUACGGAUCAAGUCGAUAGUUAUGCAUGUACUUGUCUUCCUGGAUAUAGUGGUAGUAACUGCGAAACUGAUAUAAAUGAAUGUGAGUCAUCUCCUUGUCAGAAUGAUGCUACAUGUACAGAUAGCAUCGAUGACUAUACCUGUAUAUGCCCUCCAGGAUAUUAUGGAUUCAACUGUGAACUCAAUGUUGAUGAAUGCAAAUCUGUACCAUGCGAAAAUGACGGAACCUGCAUUGACAGUGUCAAUGGCUACACUUGUGAAUGCGCAGCUGGAUAUAAUGGAACCAACUGUGAUCUAGACAUAAAUGAAUGUUUGUCAUCACCUUGUCGAAAUGAUGGCAACUGUACAGACAAUAUCAAUGGAUACCAAUGUGCAUGUGUGUCCGGAUACAGUGGCGUUAACUGCGAAAUCGAUACAGAUGAAUGUGCGUCAUCACCCUGUCAAAACGACGCCAACUGCACAGACAACAUUAAUGGAUACAAAUGUAUUUGUGGACACGGUUAUACUGGUGCUAACUGUGAAUUCGACAUAGAUGAAUGUGCAUCGUUACCAUGUCAAAACGAAGCCAGCUGCACAGACAAUAUUGAUUGGUAUCAAUGUAGUUGUGUACAUGGAUAUACCGGCGUAAACUGCGAAUCUGAUGUAAAUGAAUGCGCAUCUACACCUUGCCGUAAUGGCGGCAACUGUACAGACAAUAUCAACGGAUAUCGAUGUACUUGUGUGCUUGGAUAUACUGGUGUAAACUGCGAAACCGCCAUAGAUGAAUGCGUGUCUCAGCCAUGUCAGAACAACGGAACAUGCAUAGACAGAGUCAAUGGAUACACAUGUACUUGCAUGGCAGGUUAUGAUGGCAAAAAUUGUCAAAACGACAUCGACAACUGUAGUCCGAAUCCAUGCCACAAUGACGGUAAUUGCACUGACCGCAUCAACUUUUACAACUGCACGUGUUUGUCGGGUUUCUAUGGUGUCAACUGUCAGAACGUAACACUUGUAAGCGAUUUGGAUGAGAAAUCAGAGGAAACAGACAGUAGUAUUUCUAUCAUUGCGUUGAUAACUGGAGUAGUUCUCGCAAUCAUCAUUCUUACUGUCGGAGUUGUUGUGAUUAUGAAAUGGAAAGGACUUUCUGUAUUUAAUCCAAAUGGUCACUCAACACAACAACGCCCUAAUAAUGAAUCCGCUGCUGUACCGUCGACUCAAGCACACAAAAAUCCGUUGUAUUUCGGUAACGACACGUUUCUCUCUGAAGAAGCCGAAAAAGAGGAGCCUGCAACAUUUAGCACAUUUAAACCGAAUAGCGAUGCCAGAAAAACGUCAUUUGAGUAACUUAAAUGCAAUAAGACACGCACAGGAACACAUUGCAGCAGGAGACAGCAAAUGUCUUUGUUAAAGACAAUAGAUGACUAAAAUAGCUAUGACAACAAGAGCACAUCAGAAUUCAAUUACUAUAUUUGAAAUAACAUUUAUAUCUAUUUAGAGUUACUGAUUUUCUAUGGUAUUGUUUUACUUAUCUUAUUCUUUUUCUAUACUGCUUUUCAUCACUAAUACUGUUAAUAUUUCUACUGUUUUGUCAUUUAGAGGUAUCUGAAAUAAACUAUCAUUGUCUUGUUUAGUAACACAUUUACAUGAGAUGUUAGUUUGUUAUUGUUUUGACUUGACCCAAUAAUUGUUUUAUUCACUUACAAAUGUCUAUACAGUUUCUCUAAUUGCCAUAGACUUUGAAAGCGAACAACAUGGAUCCUGACCAGACUGCGCGGAUGCGCAGGCUGGUCUGGAUCCAUGCUGGUCGCGAACCCACUCUCUUGGUUUUCUCAUGGCGCGGCUCAUAUAUUGUGUAUUUGUAUAUUUGGUCUUAUAUUUCAUAGAGUUAAGAAAUUACGUACUAGUGAUUACAGUAUGAAACUACUGGUUUGUUUGAACAUUGUAUGUUUACAUUUUUAAUCCGUUAUCCAUUUUAGCAUUUAGAUUUGGCAAGGCACUUCACACCUCUUAGAGCAAUCUGAAUGUUAAUAUAUUUAAGUAAUUUAAUCAAAACAAUGUAUAAAACCAAUAUCCCUGCAGAAAAACAAGUUCAAGGCAGAGACGACGUUUUACUGCCUCUUAGUCAUUUUAUGAAUGCAAUUGCAAAUACAUUAGGCUGGAAAUAUGAAUGGUCCGAGUGCGAUAGUUAUAAACGUGUUUUCCUUGGCAAUUUGUUUUCCCGAAACACUUCUGAUGAUACCAAUUUUAGAUACAUGUCCGUCAGUUUACCAAUCGGUAGCUUGUUUAUCCCGGUUAUUGUAGAUAUGUUUACUAAUUACGGAAUACCUCGAUUGUUUAAAGAUUUUUUUCUUCUGUUUCCUUCCUGUACGCAGUGCACGGAAUAAAUCGUGGUUAGACGAUACAUACAAGAUACAUUGUUUCUCUGUUUAGAACUCGGGCCCAUCUGCUUAGCUCAAUAGGAAGAGCGCAGCUCUAUGGAUCUCAGGGUCGUAUGUUUUAUCCCCGAGUGAGGCGCAUGUUUGCCCUGACGAUUUGAUGAAAGACAUAUAGUUUGAAACUAUUUCAUCCUCCACCUGUAGUUCACGUGGAAAAGUUGGCAGUAACUUGUGUAGAACAGGUAAGUACUUUUUAACUGUAUUCCGAUACGAAACUGGAAUGCUGUUGAAAAAUAACACUAAAUCAAAAU